AUGUUAGAAAAUAUUAAAUAAUUAUUAAUUCCUCAAUCUAGAGAAAGAUAUGGAAUUUACCCUAAUGUUUUGAAAGAAGUGUUUAGCUAAUUAUCAAAGGGUGUUUAGAUUUACAUUUAUUUUACUAUAUCAAAAUUGUUACUAACUAUAAUCUUUUUAGGAGAGGCUUUAAAAUGUGAGUUAUCAGAAUCUCAUUCAACAGCUACAACAUUAAUAUUACAUUGCAUUUUCUUAUUAUACCAUGAGUUCAAGUACAAGAUGGAAUUAGAAAACAUUGAAAAAUUAAGUUAAAUUCAAUAAGUUUUAGAAUAAGAAGGAAUGAAUUUAGAAUAGAUUCCAGAUAGAUAAUCAUUUAAUAAACUGAUGAUGACAGUAAAGAAAUCAAUAUUUUCUUAAUGUCCUGAUUUAAAUGUAAUUGGUUGUAAUAUUUAAAUAGAGAGAAUCUAAAUAUUUGAACUUUUUGGCUUAAGUAAUAAUAAUUAGAUUUUUUAUCUUGAUGUUGGAUUCACCAUUUAAUUUUAAUAUGUUUUAAUAUUUUUAAGAGACAUGUGAUGCUAAUCUAUUAAAUGUAAUGUUCAUUAUGGUUUUAUCAAUGUUUCUAGAAUUCAUCUUUUUAUAUUGUUUAUUAGUAGUUAUAGUGAUUGCAUUACCGUAAAAUAUUAAUUAAUAAUUAUAGAUUGUUAUGUUGUUUAUCAAUCUAUAGAAAAGGUAAAUAAUUAUAUUCUAUUCGAAAAUUAAAGAAAUACUUAGAAUCAAUUCCACCUCAUAAAUAUACAGGAUUAGAUGAUGCUUGGAUGAAAGAAGACAAAACUUGUUGUAUUUGCAUGUAGGAAUAUGUUCAUAAUGAAAAUAUUCUUUAAUUACCAUGUAGUGGAUAACAUUAAUUUCAUGAAAGUUGUGUUAGGAAUUGGUUUGAUGUAAAUGAUUAAUAUUUAUUUAAAUAGGUAUCGAAUAGUUGUCCAAUUUGCAGAUAAUAGUUAGGUUGAAAAUUAAAUUUGAUAUCUACAUAAUCUAUAUAAUUGACAUUUAUGUUAAAUAUAAAUUUUGUGGGAAAUUGAAUAAUUAUUAUAAUUAACGAAUUUUUCAUAGUCCAUGGAUCAAUUUAAAAGAAUCAAAAAAAUAGGCAAAGGCAAUUAUGGAGAUGUAUUGUUAGUGCAAAGAAAAUCAGAUGAUAAGGCACUCUUAUUAUUUAUUAUUUCAGUUAUUUGCUAUAAAGAGAGUAGAUUUAAGUUUUAGAGAAAGCUAUGUUGUUGAUCCACUUAAUGAAGUUAAAUUGUUACGUAGUCUAGAUCAUCCUAACAUUAUUUCGCAUUAUGAUUCCUUUACUCAUAAUAAUAAAUUAUGUAUUGUAAUGGAAUAUGCUGAAAAUGGUAUCAAAUUCUUAUAACAUUCUUCUAGCCGAUCUUAGUAUGAUGACCAAUUAAGCUAAACAAACAUAAACAUAUAUAGAUGAAAAUACAGUUUAGUAUUUGAUUUAUGCAAUAUUAUAGAUUCUUGGCUGGUUUUCCUAGAUCUCCAUUGCUAUCUAAUACCUUCAUUAAUUGAAGAUAAUACAUAGAGAUAUCAAAUUAUAAAACAUUUUCCUCUGUACCAAUGGAAUUGUAACAUUUCUUAUUUAAUUUAAAGGUCAAAUUGGGAGAUUUUGGAAUAUCUAGAACUUUAGACAAUACCUUAGAUCUAGCUUAAACAUCAAUUGGUAUUAUAUUAUUUUUAUAUCAAAGGAACUCCAUUCUAUCUCUCUCCUGAAAUCUGUUAAAAUCAAUAAUAUAAUCAUAAAAUAGAUAUCUGGAUGCUUGGAUGCACUCUAUAUGAAUUAUGUUCUCUCCAAAAACCAUUUAAAGGAGAAUCUAUUAGUGAAAUAGCUUUUAAGAUUAUUAAUGAACCUCAUCCUAAGAUUCAAAGAAAUUAUUCAGAUUUCAUUUCAUAAUUAAUAGAUGAAAUGUUAGAAAAGAAUCCAGAAAAAAGACCUGAUAUCUCGACUAUUAUCUAAUAUCCAUAAAUUUAAUCAGAAUUAUAUAAGCUAUAAGGACUUUAUAAGACUUAAUUUAAUUACAUAUUACCUGUUUCACCUAUGUAAUCCAAUAAAUCUUCAUAAAAGAAAAUGCAUAAAAAUUCUAUCCAUUUUCUUGUUGAAUAAUCUAAAUAAUUACAAUAAUAACAAUAAUUAUAAUAAUAAUCACCAUAAGUUUGUAAGGAGAAAAGAAGAAAAGUCUCUUUGCAAUAAUUAAUUUAAGAUACUUCAAAUUAGAAUUCUCCAACAUUUAAAUAAUUAGCUACUGCUGACAAUGCUAAUAAAAAUAAGCCAUUAUCAUUUAAUUUACAUACUCUUCCUGAUGUCAUCAAUGAAUCUAUCUAAUAAAAUUCAGCUGUUAUGGCUUAAAGAUAAUUAAGAUAUUAGAAAUCAAUCUCCAUCAAUACUCAAAUUGAUGAUGCUACUAAAAGAGGCACAAAUGAAUAUGAAAAUGAAAAUUAACCAACAUUACUUAAGAAUCCUAAGACCUUUUCAUUUGCAGGCUAAUUCUUAAAUCCUAAUGCUCCUACUUCUCCUUAGAGAUCGAUUUUAUUAACAGAUUUCCUUAAAAGAAAGAUAGGAGAAGAGAAAUUCCAAUAAAUGAAGACUCUUUUAGAAUCAUCUAACAAUCCUAUAAAGAUGUUAGAUUAAGAGAAAGAAUUGGUUAGUGAAAUAUUAGGAGAAGAAAAUAUGGAAUGCAUUAAAGUAUUAUAUAUUUCUUAUUUUAGAUAUUUAAAGUUUUGAUCAGUAGUUCAAUUACUCCAUAAGCUUAACAUACAAGAACUAAAAGUAGUCAAUCAUUUUAACAAUAUAAUCAUAAUGAUUAGUCUUUAAUUGAUUUAAUAAAGGAAUCUGAUUUAAUACAAAAUGCAGAACACUCUUAGAAUUCAGUCUUUGAGAUUUCAUUUAAAAAUUUAUAAAAUUGCCAUGAUGCUUUUAAACAAUCGUGA